AUGCAAGCUAGCCCCAAGCACAAGUGUAGUGCUAGGGAGGCAGUGGCACGGCGCUGGCGGGACAGGGACUAUUCUAAGCCCGGGAGGGAAGUUAUCGUGAUCGAUUCCGAGAGUGAGAGUGACAAUGAGAGUGCCGCUGAGACGGACGUGGAGCAGCCGGUCGUUGAUGGGUGGUGUUUCAAGCUCCUUCGGUCCAGUAUCUACGAUGCUAGGGACUCGGCGCAUCUUAUUGGUACUGGGGACAUUCUGGGCGAUCCGAACCUUGAGAGCACUGUACUGUUCAGUUUCCAGUUUGAGCUGGACAGUUUGUUUGCAAGCAUACACGGCGGUGUCCGCAGUGUCACUCUGGUGGCCCAGGUGGGGACCAUCCAGCCUAUUACAGAGAGACGGUUGGUGCCCCUGAUGAACAAGACAAGGGUCGUUGAGAUCAAAAUGCCGCCGUACUCCUGCCACCACUCGAAACUUAUUAUAAACCGGUACAAGAACGGCACAUGGCAAUUGUUCAUGCCAUCGAACAACUUCACUACUGCGGAGGAGAACCUGCCUCAACAAGUUUGUUGGAUAAGCCCCGUCUUGCAUCAGAGAGACACGAGGAAUGCCAAUCAAAACAGCUUCCAAACGGGUUUACUGGUGUAUCUGGACGCUUACAGGGACCGACAUCUGACGAGCAACGUCAAAAUGCCGUUAGAGAUGGUUGAUUUUGCACCGCUCGCUGGACUGGAGUUCAUCUCAUCUGUUCCCUCGUAUAAAGACAAGAGACCCACGGGGCUUCGCUCGCUGGUUGAGAAACUGGCGUCCCAUAAUGCGCUUACGAGUGAGAGCCUCCUAGAAGAGGAACACAUACUCUGCCAAACGUCCUCAAUGAUGAACUCUACGUCAAAGGCAAACCCAGGUAAUAUCCUUACGCAUACAAUGAUCCCGCUCUUCACUGGGAUAACCCCCUAUCCGGCGGACACGAAGGGUACUGUCCCGCGUCACUCGACGGAAGAGUUACUGCAGAUAUACAAAAGACGGCAUAUCACCCCGUACCUCAUCUUCCCCACGGUGGAUGAGAUCAGGUCAGCACCCACUGGGGAAAUGUGUGCCGGAUGGUUCAAUUUCAACUGGGCGAGAGACUUGGCGCACUACGCAGCGCUGAGGGACACCUUCCGCGUGUUCUACAAGCAGGACCCGAACAAGGUCCGUGGCACUCCGCGGGCCACGACGCCCGCACACUCCAAGUUCUACAUGAGCUCGCCCACGAAUGAUUUCUCCAAUUUGAACUGGUGCUGCUACACAUCCAGUAACCUGGGUGUCAACGCUUGGGGGACCCUAACGAGGCAACCCAGAAACUACGAGGUCGGAAUCUUGAUCCCGGGACCUGUCAAAUGUCGUAGUUUCAUCGAUACAGUGUAUGGUAACACCGUGAGAAACUGCGACACGACGAACGAGGUUACUGUGCCCUUCACGCUACCGCCUGUGCCCUACACGCCUGGCGACGACUGCUACAACAGGGCUUGA